CUGAAUAUUUUUAAAGUUUAAACAAGGAACAAGAAAAGUAAGAUGUCGUCUGUAAAAGUUGCUGUGCGAGUGCGGCCAUUUAAUGGACGAGAAAAGUCACAUAACUCCAACUGCAUCAUUCAGAUGUCAGGGAAAAGCUCAGCCAUAACUAAUCCAAAAGCUGGACCCAAAGAACAGAAGAUAAAGACUUUUGAGUUUGACUAUUCUUACUGGUCACACACCACGCCGGAUGAUCCAAACUUCGCCUCCCAACGUCAAGUCUAUGAAGACAUUGGACUGGAGAUGCUUGACCAUGCCUUCGAAGGGUACAAUGUGUGCAUCUUUGCUUAUGGCCAGACUGGUUCAGGCAAAAGUUAUACCAUGAUGGGCAAGAAUGAGCCAGGACAGCAAGGAAUUAUCCCACAGCUGUGUGAAGAUCUGUUUGUAAGGAUAAAAGAGAAGUCUUGUGAGGAGACAAACUAUUCCUGUGAGGUGAGCUACAUGGAGAUUUAUUGUGAACGUGUACGUGACCUUUUGAACCCAGGCAACAAGAACACCCUGAGGGUGCGAGAACAUCCUCUCCUAGGCCCCUAUGUGGAGGACCUUUCCAAAUUGGCCGUCCAGUCCUUCCAGGACAUCAGCAAUCUCAUUGACGAGGGCAACAAAGCCAGAACUGUGGCUGCCACCAAUAUGAAUGAGACAAGCAGUCGGUCACAUGCUGUCUUCACAAUCAUCUUCACUCAGAGAAAGAAAGACCUGGCCACAAAAAUGACGGGAGAAAAGGUCAGUAAGAUAAGUCUUGUAGAUUUGGCAGGAAGUGAGCGAGCUGACUCGACAGGAGCUAGUGGCACACGUCUAAAGGAAGGCGCUAAUAUCAACAAGUCCCUGACAACUCUCGGCAAAGUCAUCUCAGCCCUUGCUGAAUGUAGUGCUCUAGAAUCUUCUGGGAAAUCGAGUAAGAAGAAGAAAAAAGAAAAUUUCAUUCCGUACAGAGAUUCUGUUCUGACAUGGCUCCUCAGAGAAAAUCUUGGUGGAAACUCUAAGACAGCUAUGGUGGCAGCUCUGAGUCCGGCUGACAUUAACUAUGAUGAAACUCUCAGUACAUUAAGGUAUGCAGACCGAGCCAAACAAAUUGUAUGUAAGGCUGUGGUCAACGAGGAUCCAAAUGCCAGGCUUAUCCGCGAACUCAAGGAGGAGGUUGCCAAACUGAGGGAGAUUCUCGUACAAGAGGGGAUAGAGCUUGGAGCUGGACUUCAAGGUCUGCCUUCAGCCCCCAAGGUGCCAACGGGACCUGGGUCACGGUCAAGAAAAAACUCAGUGUCCAUAGAAGGAGGAGAGGAUGCUAUUGAGAGACUUCAGAUGUCAGAGAAACUAAUCGCAGAGUUGAACGAGUCCUGGGAGGAGAAACUCAGAAAAACAGAGACCAUUCGCAAGGAAAGAGAGGCUGUGCUGGCAGAAAUGGGUGUGGCUCUACGAGAGGAUGGUGGAACAAUUGGAGUGUUCUCUCCCAAGAAGUCUCCCCACCUUGUAAAUCUUAAUGAAGAUCCACUGAUGUCAGAGUGUUUAAUCUACUACAUCAAGGCAGGCUCCAACACAAUGGUCGGCCACGGAAAAUCUUCAAAACAGCAUGACAUUCAGCUUAGUGGUUCCCAUAUACUGGAGGAGCACUGUUACUUCUCCUGUGAGGACGAAAAAGUCACCCUAUCUCCUAUGGGCGAGGCGAUGUGCUACGUCAAUGGUCGACAGAUUACAGAACCAACAGAACUGAAGACAGGAGCUCGUGUCAUUCUCGGCAAACACCACGUGUUCCGAUUUAAUCACCCUAUACAAGCAAGAAGAAGUCGUGCACAUUUAUUGGAUGAGAACCCAGCUGAGAACCCAAGCACGGAACCUGUUGACUGGACAUUUGCCCAGUUAGAGCUGCUGGAAAAACAAGGCAUAGAUCUGAGAACAGAAAUGGAACAAAGGUUGUGUGUACUGGAGGAGCAGUAUAAGAAAGAGAAGGAAGAGGCAGAUCAGUUGUUUGAACAACAGAGGAAGGAUUACGAGAUUAGAAUCCAGUCUCUCCAGGAACAAGUGGAACGCCACUCUAUGAUCUCCAGCUACGCUAAUGUGGAAGAUUUGCUCUCUGAGGAAGUGGAUAUACAAGAAUGUACUUGGACAGACAGGGAAAGAGAAUUGGCUGCCUGGGCAUUCAGAAAAUGGAAAUACCAUCAGUUUACAUCUCUUCGGGAUGACUUGUGGGGCAAUGCUAUAUUCCUUAAAGAGGCCAAUGCUAUCAGUGUCGAGCUCAAUAAGAAGGUCCAGUUCCAGUUUGUUUUGCUGACCGACACUUUGUACUCUCCUUUGCCCCCUGACAUCCUUUCAUCAGAUGACCGUGAUCUUGAACGCCCGUUUCCAAGGACAAUCGUUGCGGUAGAAGUUCAGGACACAAAGAAUGGAGCAACCCACUACUGGAGUCUAGACAAACUUAGACAUCGCUUGGAGCUCAUGCGCGACAUUUAUAAUGAGGACUUAUCACCUGACACCCCUGAGGCCAAACAGGAUUUCCUCCAAUGCCUGGUCGGCUGUGGUCCGCACCAAAACUACUUUAACUUCAUUAACCUUAUCCCAUCCAGACAGAGGCUAGAGUUGAUGCGGGAAAUGUACCACAAUGAAGCAGAGUUGUCUCCCACAUCCCCUGAGCCAAACCUGGACAGUAUGACCGGAGGUGAUCCCUUCUACGACAGGUUCCCCUGGUUUAGACUUGUUGGCAGGGCCUUUGUCUAUCUGAGUAACUUGUACUACCCAGUGCCCCUUGUCCACAAAGUAACCAUUGUUAGUGAAAAGGGAGAGGUCAAGGGGUCACUGAGAGUAGCAGUCCAGGCUAUUACUGAUAAAGAGGAAACCCCAGACUACACCCCAGGGAUCAAGCAGUCAGGAAAUGCCAAAAUCACAUUUAAUGACAAAGACUACUACCAAACAAAACAGCAACACUUGCCAGACAAAGUAGUUCAGAUGCGAGCUAGAAUGUCCCCCCAGGGCGCGCCCUCGACGGAGGAACUUAGAUAUGUAGAGGGUGAGGGAACCACUCCUGACAACUGUAAUACCAUAGAUGAGGCACAUCAUUGUUAUGAAGACACGACAAAUCAGGAAAACAAAUUCCCAGAUGUCGAUGAUCGUGACCUUCCCAAACAUCUCAAGGUCGGAAGCCAGUUUAUGUUCCGGGUGACCAUACUGGAAGCCUCAGGGAUCAGUCCCGAAUAUGCUGAUAUCUUCUGCCAAUUCAAUUUCCUGUACCGCCAUGACGAAGCUUUCUCCACUGAACCACUGAAAAACUCUGGAAAGAGCCACCCACUUGGUUUCUAUCAUGUACAAAAUUUCACUGUGAAUGUGACAAAGUCCUUCAUUGACCACAUCAAGUCCCAGCCACUGGUGUUUGAGGUGUUUGGCCACUACCAACAACAUCCACUACAUGACCAAGCCAGGGAUACGGUUCCCUACAGUGCCAGGCCUCCCCCUCGUCGUAGUUUCCCGCCAUUGAUUCCCGUUUCCAAACCAGUUCCCUCCCCCAAGUUUGGCAUUAUCACCCCUCCAAGAUCUGAUAGGAAGUCUGGCACAAAGCAGGAUUUAUUGAUUGAUGUUACUAAGUUUACAAGUGUUGGGUUUUAUGACUCAGGUCGAAGUCCAGACAUCGAAGUAGCUCCCCUGACACCUUACAUACUAUAUGUGCCGGCUGUAGUGGAUCACAGUGACGACCAGCCAUGCAUGGGAACGUACAUGUUACACCAAGGUAUCCAGCGAAGAAUCGCCAUUACCAUCAUGCAGGACCAAAGUCCAGAGACAGACCUCAUCUGGAAAGAUGUCAAGGAACUUGUUGUAGGACGUAUCCGUACCACACCUGAAUACCGAGACUCCGACAUGGAGACUACAGUGUUGUCUCUAAGUCUCUUCCCUGCUUCCUACAUUCAGUACCCUGGAGAUGACAGAAUCUAUUUCCGCUUUGAGGCAGCCUGGGAUAGCUCCCUCCAUAAUUCCCAUCUUCUCAACCGCAUGACAUCCUCCGGAGAGCGCGUCUACAUGACACUGUCUGCCUAUAUUGAGGUGGAGAACUGUGACCAACCGGCAUGCAUCACCAAGGAUCUCUGUGUUAUUGUUCAUUCCAGAGAUACCAAGAUAUCUACAUCAAGUGCUCGUUUCAGGACACUGAGGAACUUGUUUGGUGGCUCUAAGAACCAGGAUAGUAAUCGUGUGAGUGGUAUCUACGAGCUGUACCUGCGACGGGCGUCCGAUUCAGGUAGUCCAGGUGUACAAAGACGACAACGCCGCGUCCUUGAUACAUCCUCGACAUAUGUUCGGGGUGAGGAGAACCUGAACGGCUGGCGUCCCCGCGGUGACUCACUCAUCUUUGACCACCAGUGGGAACUGGAGAAACUCACACGUCUUGAACUUGUAGAGAAGUCACGCCACGUGUUGUUACUACGUGAAAAACUUGCUGAACAAAACAAAACACAUGAGCUGAGUAAACUGGACAAAGAAGCAUCCAACAAGUCAGCUAAAGCAAGGCAGCAAGAAGAGACGAAACAAGAUGAGAAAAUACAACCUCCUACACCGGACAAGGUCGACAACACUACCGAGGAAAAACUCAUAGAGAAAUGGGAAAAGGUGGAUGAGAGUGAAAAGGGCAAAAAGCUUAGCAAACGUGAGGUUAUAUUUAAUUUUGAAACUAACGGUGAUCCAGAGAAGGAACUAAUGGCCAAAUGCCUGAGGUUGAUGAUUCAUGGACGGGUUCCAUUGUCUCCACCUCCAAUCAAGACGCCGACUGUGAUGUUAGACUCUGUGGCCAGUACAAACACAAACACAUCAGAGGACAGUGAUGGUGUGACAGAUUCGAUGACUACAAGUAUGUCGACAUCCUCAGCCUCGGAACUCUUCAGUAAACAAUCCACCAACAACAACUCUAUCCAAUUGUCAAAAUCAUGUGAAAGUCUGUCUACAAACUCCAACACUUCCCAGGAUUCCACAGCAGACAGGAAGUUGUCUCUGCCAAUCAAAUCAAUGAGUCUAAACCUAGACAGCAACAUUUACAUUCCACAUAUAGAAGAGGUGCGCGUCAGUCCUGUUGUUUCAAGAAAGGGCUAUCUCAACUUUCUGGAGGAGAAGCACAGCGGCUGGGUCAAACGCUGGGUGGUUGUGAGGCGUCCAUACGUGUAUAUCUACAAUUCUGAGAAGGAUCCGGUAGAGCGUGGAAUUAUCAACUUGGCCACAUCACAGAUAGAUUAUAGUGAAGACCAGCAAGCUUUACUGAAGGCACGAAACACAUUCUCUGUUUUGACCAAGCACCGUGGGUUCCUGAUGCAGACCCUAGAUGAGAAGGACUUCCAUGACUGGCUAUAUGCUAUCAACCCGCUAUUGGCUGGUCAGAUCAGGUCAACGUUGUCACGACGUAAACAACCAGUACAGAUAUGAGUUAAUUAAUUCACACCGACUGAUGAGAGCAAGUGAAUGAGAGGAUUGAGAGAAUGGUCUGACCAUCUUCAGCUGAACAUUAGAAGUGAUAAAUGGACAGGAGACAUUUUCUGUCAAUGUAUAGGUAUUCUGCAUUAUUUGAAAAGCUUCUCCUGGAAAUAUUUGUGAAAAUUCUAAAAGAAAGAUAUUAACAAAACACAGUCUGAUGUGUUUGCCAUUGGAAUAUAUUCUAAUUUAAGAGAAUUUGGAAUAUUAAGUUUUGGCUCUCUUUUCUGUUGAACAAAGUUCCGCCAGCUAGAUGAAUGGAUGUUAAUAGCCAAUGAGAGAACUUGUUACAUAACCUCUGUAAAAUUCAUCAAAUGAAUAGUAACUAUAGAUAUAGAUUUGUCAUUUUCAUUUACCCAUCAUGCAAAGUGAAUAUAUUGUGAAACUAUGUGAUCCUGUAUAUUUAACAGUGUAAGUUAUUUUGUGUGGAGUUUUCUCCCCUUUUGCAAAAUAAAAAAUGCAUUUUAUCAUGAAGCUCGAGUAAGCCCUGAAAUAACUCUGAUGCUGAGCUUAAUUAUAGUACAAGGUAAUAUAUAUAUAUAUACUGGGAUGAAAGAAUAUGCUUCAGAGAGUUUCCAGGAGCUUUUCCAUCAUAUGUUGUGGUGAACUGUUAUAAACACAUUAAAUUUG